UUUUGAUGGCGCUUAUGACCUUCUUUAGGACCCUUUUCACUCUCUUCCGUUCAGUGGCUGGCCGUGUGAUGAAGCAGCUUCCUCAAAACCAAUCUAAUCAUGAGCAAAAUAUUCCUGAAAUCACUAUUGAUGCAACAGACAAAGAGGAGUUUCGCCCCCCUUCACCAACUCCAGCUUACACAAAGGCAGCUCUGAUGUCCUCUAUGCUGAAGAGGCUGGGUGAGCUUGAAGAGAAGGUUGGUACACUCCAAUCAAAGCCAUCUGAGAUGCCUUAUGAGAAAGAGGAAUUACUUAAUGCUGCUGUUUGUCGUGUUGAUGCCUUGGAUGCAGAGCUAAUUGCGACUAAAAAGGCUCUGCAUGAAGCUUUAAUGAGGCAAGAAGAAUUGCUUGCUUACAUUGACGGUCUGGAGGAAGCCAAGUUGCGGAAAAAGAAGUGCUGCUGGUAAGAUGUUUUGCUGAUGAAGGUACUGCAGAAGAUUUGUUUGAUCUUGCAGCUGAGACUGUCUCUGCAGUUUGACGUACAAUCUAAUGCCUCCCAUGCAAUGUUUGGAAACAGUGGGACUUUGUAACCAAAGAGUUUUCUUAUCUGUUAAUCUAGUUUGAUACUACAGCGAGUUUGUAUCUUUGGAGCCUUGAGAAUAAUAUUUUUCAUGAUUUAUUUACAUGUUUAAGCUAAGGAGGGUAAUUUCGAAAACUAAUAACUUUUUAAUUCAGAAAA